CAGUAUAUUUCGGUAACUCGGUUCAAGCUCCAAACAAGUAGGUCCCAGACCCUUCUUUAGUGCACCCCCCACAAGGCUACUUAUAGACACAUGUUAUCAAGGCAAGUGAUCUCCAAGCCUAUCUCUGUUAUGUAAAUUACACCACCAUCUUCUGCCUUUAGCCCUUUCUGAGUUUGUCUCAACUGUAAAAUCCUCCAAACCUCCCUGUCAUUGAAAGUCUUUUCUUCCAUUUUUGUGCUGUCAUCCCCAUAGGCUUCUUAAGCAGCCUCUCCAUUACCAUGGACAAGCAUGACAACAGAACCAAUCCCACCAAUGAUGCGUUUUCUUCUUACCUCAGCACAGCAGGAGAGAGUGGACUUAAGGUUGCCAGGUUAGUUCAGCAUCCUCCUUCUGCCAUCACUACCAGCCAAACCACUCCCUCUUCGAUAAGCUUAGAGAGAGCCAAGGCCGAACAGGGUGAAAUCAGUGUCUUUGGUGCCGAAAGAUACUUCAACAUGAAGCUGGAUGAUCAUGGCAGUCCAAGAAGUAUUGAUAGUCAUGCAAGUCACCAUGGUCUUAACAAAGAUCACUGCGUUGAUCGUCUGCAGAAUAGCAAACCAAAGAGCAGGCCAGGAACUCCUAGCGUAAUCUCUGAAGGGAGCUGGAAUAGCCAAGCUACUUUCUUACCAUGUUUCCAAAGGAAACCAUCCCAGAAUAUGCAAAAGAAGGUAAAUGGAAAGAUACACUUUUCUGGUUUUAUCUGCAGUAGGUCUUGUUCAGAUAAGAAGGGGAUUAAUAUUCGUAACAAUAUUGAGCAUGGAAGGAUUCAUGGAAAAGAGGUGAGGAGAAAAGCAAUCGAUCAUGCCCCAAGUUUUGAAAGGUCAAACAGAUCAGAAAAGAGUUUUCAAGUCCCUAUUUCAAGUUCUCGGGUGCAAAAUUUGACAGCUAAGUCAAAGAUGGAAGAGGAGAAGACCACCAAAGAAGAAGAGCCACGAAAAUCUCUGGAGGUGUUUGGCUCUCAUGAUGCGAUGAUCAACAAGGGUGACAUUGCAAUGAACUUAGAGAGGAAACUCUCUGUGCUAACUUGGGAUGCCAUUCCAAAAUCCCAAAACCUUUCAACUAAAUCUGGAACUGGUUGUGGAGAGCAUGAAGAAGAUAUGGGGAGUGAUGCUAGUUCUGAUCUGUUUGAGAUACAGAACUUAUCGAGCAGUGAAAAGCCGCUGUUCAACAGGCAAGCAUCUGAUGGCAUGUCCACUAAGUAUGAGCCAAGUGAGGCGAGCAUUGAGUGGAGUGUUGUCACAGCCAGUGCUGCUGAUAAUUUCUCACUCAAUACAACAGCGUACGAUGAAAAGAAACUGGAAGGAAAUAAUAAGAAAAUAGUGGACAAGGAGGUGCCAAAAAGCCGUCCAAGAGGAUCACUGAUCAGUUGUAAGAGUCACAAAGCAGUGAAUGUUGCUGAAACUGCCCACAAAACUAAUGAAAAGGCAAAGUCUGACUCAAUACUACAGCGUCAAAUGUUGGAUUCAUCUAUGUCAGUUGGAAAGUUACAGCCUUAGUUUAAGGUGAAAGAUUAUGAGUCCCCAUGAGUGCAAGAGAUAUCCCUUUUCAUCUCAGUUCAUGUUUUACCGAAUCUGCAAAUGUUGUAGGCUAUGACGCAAUAUGAU